AAGAUUUCGAUAGCUCAACAAUCGAAAUAUUCGAAAUCGAUUGCAUAUUCCCAACUCUUCCAACGUCCAACAACUAAAUAUACCAUUCAGCACCAGUGAGUGUGUUAUUUUUAAAAAAUAAAUAAGAAAAGAAGAAAUUAAAUAAUAAUGUCUAACGAAGAAUUGCCGAAAGGAUGGGAAAAACGACUCAGCAGAUCUACCGGUCAACAUUAUUAUUUGAAUAUUUAUACAAAAGAAAGUCAAUGGGAUGUGCCAACUAAACCAGCACAGCCUUGUGACAAUGGUGAUGAACCUGAUGAGGUUCAGUGUUCACAUAUACUUGUAAAGCAUCAAGGUUCGAGACGACCGUCUUCCUGGAGAGAACAAAAUAUUACAAGAUCCAAAGAGGAAGCACUCGAUUUAAUUAAAUCAUACAGGGAACAAAUAGUGUCAGGUAAAGCAACAUUUAGUGAAUUAGCAUCAAAAUACAGCGAUUGCAGUUCAGCAAAACGUGGCGGUGAUUUAGGUCCAUUUGGUCGUGGUGCUAUGCAAAAACCCUUUGAACAAGCGGCAUUUGCAUUAAAAGUUGGUGAAUUGUCUUCUCCAGUGGAUACAGAUAGUGGAAUUCACAUAAUUGAAAGAACCGCUUAAAACUAUUUAAUCAAUUUUUUUUAGGUAUUAUUAUUAUUUUUAUUACUAUUAUUAUUAUUAUUAUCAUCAUCACACAAUAUUUUACAAAAAAAAAUUGCAAAAAAUCGAGUUCUAUAGUUUAAUUGAUUUUCUUCAUUUAUUUUUGAUUUCGAUAUUCAAAUAUUUGAAAAUUAAAAAAAAAAAAAACAUUUAUAUAUAUAUGUAUUUUUUUUUUUUUUUUAAUACAAUUUUAUUGGUAAUAAAUUCUGUCGUGUUA